AUGGUUUUGAUACCAGUUUAUAUUGUUUCCUAUUUUCUAGCAAUUGCUGGAAAUGGCCUCAUAGUUUUAGUAGUCAUAAGUGAUGCACAGCUACACAAUCCCAUGUACUUUUUCCUGUGUAAUCUGUCUUUUAUUGACCUUGGAUUCACAACAUCUACAAUCCCACAAUCAAUUGCCAAUUGCUUAGUGGAAAGGCCUGUGAUGUCUUCUACUAGAUGUUUUACCCAAAUGUAUGCUACUCUCUUAUUUGGGACAACUGAAUGCUUCUUCCUGGCCAUCAUGGCUUAUGAUCGUCUGAUUGCAAUCUCAAGGCCAUUGCAUUAUAUUUUUAUCAUGAGCAGAACAGUUUGCAUCUUCUUGGCUGCUGUUGCAUGGUUUAUAGCCUUUACACUUAUAAUAGUCCCUUGCCUUGCAAAGCCAGCCAGAUUUUGUGGAAAAAAUGAAAUUGACCAUAUUGGUUGUGAAUUUAAAUCAAUGUUCAACCUCAUUUGCACGGAUACCUCUUUGAGCCAAAUAAACAUAUACUUCAGUAGCAUUUUGACACUCCUUCUUCCCCUUGGUUUUAUUCUUUUUUCCUACAUGCGCAUUCUUCAGGCCAUCCUAAGAAUGUCCUCAGAAGGCGGCAGAAUGAAGGCUUUUUCAACAUGUGGGUCCCACCUGGCUGUGGUGACUAUGUAUUAUGGUGCUGCUAUAUUUAUCUAUCUUCUUCCUCCAAACAAGAAGAUGCAUGAGAUUGAAAAAACACUAUAUAUCUUUAAUAGUGUGCUAACCCCUGUUUUUAACCCUUUGGUUUAUACUCUUCGAAAUCAAGAGGUUCUGGGGGCACUAGGAAGAACAGUAGUUAAGAACAAGCUCAGCAUGCAAUGUUGA